AGACUGUUGAAUCUACAUUCCGAAUCAAUGAAAGUUCUUAGGCUAGAACCGACAUUCAAAGCAGGCUUUCUGAGGCUCCAUAUUUGACAAAAGAGCGAAGAUGCACACUCGUCAAACCAACAUCAUUUUAAGCCUGACGAUAGUCGCACGACCAGUGGGAGCGGCCGCCAUCACAGUUGUUCACAUAUCCGUGGGUAGGAUGCCAGACGGUGCCGAAGAACUCAUGUCCAGAUCCCUGGCCAUCGAAGUUGCCAGUUCCAUAGGCGAUGUAUCCCUGGCUGUCGUUGGCAAAGUAGGGUCCCCAUCCGUUAACCUUCUGCGCAGCCUGAGGGGCUUGCACAUCGGGAUAGCAGUGAGGCAGGAAGCUCCCACCUCCGGGCUGAACAAGAGAGGAGGUCAAGAGAAUACGACAUUGGUUGGAUGUACAAAUGCAAGCAACAAUGCGGGAGUACGCAACAUCAACAAAUGUUUCGCCACAGUUGAGCAGCUCAACCAAUUAGAGCUCAACUUCAAUGAUUAUACAGGAUAUACACACAAAAAGAAAUACAAUUCAUGAGGGAUCAAGCAUGACGAACGAUCAUUGCAGGUUUGGAGGAAAAAGGCGCCACCGCUAAAUGAGUACAAAGAGUGCUUUGAGAUCGACUAACAAGGUACUAAUGCGAAAACAACAAAGGAGUGGGUGGACAACGAUUGGAACAGAAAAGCACAGAAAAAAACUCAGGUUACCACAGAAGAUCGAUGAACACUGAGCUACUGAAAAGAAAAUGGCACCACGCUUACAAAACCAAGGCGUAACAGCAAUGACAGUCUGGAUAGAUUGAGAGUUGUAUAGGAAGAAACAAGUACAGCAUAGGGGUGAGCAUCUCAAGUGCGUGUAGUGUGAUAUAAAGUUGAUGUUUGAUUCGAUGAUGAAGAGCACUGACAUCUUACCUUGCCGGCGGCAAUGCAGAAGAGCUGUUGUGUGAGCUGAGCGCCCGGCAUUGAUCUGUGCAGGC